AUGGUCUCUUCUUCCGCCUUCCUGGCGCUCCUCGCCGUGGCUGUCGCUAGCGUUCAGGCUGCUCCCGCUCCGCCCCACCCCGUGCCCGGCCCGCCCGCCAUGCAGACGUACAACUUCACCACCUACACGGGCUUCUUCAAGUACGACACGGCCGAAGGCACCUCUCUCCCUGCCGUUGCGCCCAACUUUGGUCUGCGGGACAACACCACUUGGGCCGCCCUAACCCAAACCCUCCGACAGCUCAACUCGCCCGCCGCCUCGCACGACGGUUCGUCGUACAAGCUCAUCUUCGCCGGCCGUCAUGGUCAGGGCUACCACAAUGUGGCCGAGAGCAAGUACGGUACGCCUGCGUGGAACUCGUACUGGUCCGAGCUGACUACGGAUGGCAACCUCACCUGGGGACCGGAUGCGCGCUUGACGCCGUUGGGCAUUCAGCAGGCCCAAGCGGUCAACCAGGCUUGGACGGCUAUGCUGAAGCAGCAGGAUGCGGCGCCGUUGCCGACCAGGCUGUUUUCAAGCCCGCUCAGCAGGGCCCUGUCGACGCUCGAGAUCAGCUACGACAACAUUUUGGUCAAGAACCCGAACGAUACGGAGGUCGCUCCUCAGAAAGGGCCUGGUGGACCCCCCGGUCCUCCUGGUCCCCGUGGUCCUCCUGGCCCUCCUGGCCCGCGCCUGCUGGUCCCCGAAGUCAAGGAGCUCUUCCGCGAGGAGUACGGCGAGCACACGUGCGAUGAACGACGCACCCGCACCCAGCUCGCCGCCGACUACCCCAACGUGCGCUUCGAGCCCGGCUUCACCGAGGACGACCAGCUGUGGACCACCACACGCGAAGAGGACAGCCAUCUGGAUGCGAGGAUCCAGACGGCCCUCAGCCAGAUGUGGAACGAGGCGAAGCGGGAGGAUGUCGUUUCGCUGACCAGCCACUCUGGGGUGAUGCAGAGCGUUUUCAGGGUCACCGGGCAUUAUCCGUUGCAUCCCGCCACCGGAGCACUCAUCCCCUUGAUCGUAAAGGCUACUCCGACCAACUAG